AUGAGACUCCCCAAAGUCCUCACUUUCUUGCUUUGGCACCUGGCUUGGCUGGACCUGGAAUUCAUCUGCACUGUAUUGGGUGCCCCUGACUUGGGCCAGAGACCCCAGGGGGCCAGGCCAGGAUUGGCCAAAGCAGAAGCCAAGGAGAGGCCCCCUCUGGCCCAGAACAUCUUCAGGCCGGGGGGUCACAGCUAUGGUGGGGGGGCCACCAAUGCCAGGGCAAAGGGGGGCACUGGGCAGACAGGAGCCCUGACACAGCCCAAGAAGGAUGAACCCAAAAAGCUGCCCCCCAGAUCGGGUGGCCCUGAACCCAAGCCAGGACACCCUCCCCAGACAAGGCAGGCUGCAACGCGGACUGUGACCCCAAAAGGACAGCUUCUUGGGGGUAAGGCACCACCAAAGACAGGAUCUGUCCCCAGCCCCUUCCUGCUGAAGAAGGCCAGGGAGCCUGGGUCCCCUCGAGAGCCCAAGGAGCCAUUCCGCCCGCCCCCAAUCACGCCCCACGAAUACAUGCUCUCGCUGUACAGGACGCUGUCCGAGGCUGACAGAAAGGGAGGCAACAGCAGCGUGAAGUUGGAGGCUGGCCUGGCCAACACCAUCACCAGCUUUAUUGACAAAGGGCAAGAUGACCGAGGUCCUGCGAUCAGGAAGCAGAGGUACAUGUUUGACAUUAGCGCCCUGGAGAAGGAUGGGCUACUAGGGGCCGAGCUGCGGAUCUUGCGGAAGAAGCCCUCGGACACAGCUAAGCCAGUGGCCCCCGGCAGUGGGCGAGCUGCCCAGCUGAAGCUGUCCAGCUGCCCCAGCGGCCGACAGCCGGCGGCCUUGCUGGAUGUGCGUUCCAUGCCAGGCCUGGAUGGAUCUGGCUGGGAGGUGUUCGACAUCUGGAAGCUCUUCCGAAACUUUAAGAACUCGGCCCAGCUGUGCCUGGAGCUGGAGGCCUGGGAACGGGGCCGGGCCGUGGACCUCCGUGGCCUGGGCUUUGACCGGGCUGCCCGGCAGGUCCAUGAGAAGGCCCUGUUCCUGGUGUUUGGCCGCACCAAGAAACGGGACCUGUUCUUUAAUGAGAUUAAGGCCCGCUCUGGCCAAGAUGAUAAGACCGUCUACGAGUACCUGUUCAGCCAGCGGCGAAAGCGGCGGGCCCCACUGGCCACACGUCAGGGCAAGCGGCCCAGCAAGAACCCCAAGGCCCGCUGCAGUCGGAAGGCGCUGCAUGUCAACUUCAAGGACAUGGGCUGGGACGACUGGAUUAUUGCACCCCUGGAGUACGAGGCCUUCCACUGCGAGGGGCUAUGUGAGUUCCCCCUGCGCUCCCACCUGGAGCCCACGAACCAUGCAGUCAUCCAGACCCUGAUGAACUCCAUGGACCCUGAGUCCACGCCACCCACCUGCUGUGUGCCCACGCGGCUGAGUCCCAUCAGCAUCCUCUUCAUUGACUCCGCCAACAACGUGGUCUAUAAGCAGUAUGAGGACAUGGUCGUGGAGUCUUGUGGCUGCAGGUAG